CACCAAUUUUGGUUCGUUUACCGUCCUUCACUGCUAUAGAAACAGCAGUGUGUAUACUGUGUGCAGUUGCAAGUGCACUGCGGCCUGAAAUGUAUACAGGAUGGUGAAGAAGGAUUCGACCGUUGUUUCCGUUGAACUCGCGUCUUUACCGACAACUAGUAAACUCAGCAUAAAGAACUCUGUUGUCAACCCCGCGAGUGCUUCCACGCCAGUUGAUAAGGGACCGCCAAAAAUAUGGCGACAAUGCCCAUUUCGUAACCCUGCAAGAUCAGAUGGACUAGUACUCAAGCACUGGAGGCAAUUGACUCGGGCAGUGGAGCCUCGCCAGGUAAAGGCCAAUGAUCCUUUGGAACUACGAGAGAAGUAUGCUGCAACGCUGGAUUCUAAUCUCACUAGUACGCUACCGCGAGUUGAUGAGGAACUAAACGUGUCUGACUCAUAUCCAUUCGCUAAGAUAGCACCCUCCAUUAAAGUAUAUCGCUACUCCGAUGACUUCUAUCGGUACCACAUUAGUGACAUGGACCCGUCGUGGUCCAAGGAGGAAACUGAUCUGCUGUUUGAUCUCUGCGAGAUGUUUGAACUACGUUUUGUGGCUAUACACGAUCGCUUCAAGUGGCGUAAGGAUAUAACAAUAGAGAAGCUAAAACAACGGUACUACUCCGUAACCAGGCGUAUUAUUGAAUAUGGAUUCGAGGAAAGGAUGAAAGCUGAAAUGAGUAAAAACAAUAAUCCAACACAUCCCGCUAUAGUAGCAUUGCGUGAUGAAGCGUCUCGCCACCCAUUGCUCAAGUUUACGUAUAACAUGGAACAUGAUAGAGAACGCAGAGAAAUGCUAGAGCGCAGUUACCGUGUAACUGACGAGCAGAAAGCUGAGGAGGAGCGUCUUCUAGAGGCAAUUAAGGACGCCGAGGCCUUGGUAAAGAAGGAAGAGAGAAAGAAACUUGAACUGAGGAAGUUCAAGAAGAAGUUUGGUAUAGUCGAGGAUAUCAUAAUGGUACCAAAUAUGGAUAAUUUGAAUACCAAGGAGGUUUGGCUCGCUAGUGAGAUUAUUACCACCUACAAGGCACAGCUUUCCCAGAAGCACAACGAUGCGGUUGACGAAAUGUUAACUGCACUAAAUGUACCAACACCGGUUAUAUCGUCCCGCGCAACCAAUGAACUCUAUUGUGUAGUGCGUGGUGAUGCUGCUAUAAUGAUCAACAUGGUCAACAAGGUAGACAGCCUAAAGAAGGAACUGGAUUACUGGAAAACCACGGUUGGUCCGAUAAAUGACCAUAUGAUCACACCUAAAUUAAAGGAUAAGAUGGCAUAUCGUGAAGUUGGGGAAACCGUUUUCCAGACACCACGGACAAUGAUGCCUGGUGUUAUGAUGCCACAGCAAAUGCCCGUGGCUCCACAACAGAUGAGCACCGAGGAACCCGUACAAGCAACACAGGAGUCACAUGGCAACGAGGGUAGUGGAAUGGAUAAUGAUCUAGCUAACGCAAGUUACUACCAGCAGCACAUGACACGUCAGCGAAUGAUGAUGGCCAAUCAGCAAACGAUGCCUCAACAACAGUCACCUCACCAGCAAUCUCCACAACAGCAACCACCAAUGCAACACCCACCUCAGUCGCCACAAGGUCAAAUGCAGAAUGCGCAGCAACAGGGUCAUAUGCAGGGACCCGUUGCCCACCAAGGUGGACAGCAAGCACCUCAACAAGGACGUCAAGUUGUUCAACCCAUGUAUGCUAUGAAACCGCCAUCAAGUGGUACUUCAAGUCCUCAUGUCUACCCACAACAAAGCCACUAUACACCAAUGGCACAGCAACAUAUGGGCCAGCAAUCGCCAAUGUCCAAGCAGCCUGCAAUGCCACAGAUGCCUCAACAUGGCAUGAACCCUCAAAUGAUUAACCAACAACGUAUGAUGCAACAAAGGAUGAUGCAGUAUCCGCAGUACCCUCAGCAGCAAUACCAGCAAAUGCGUAUGAGGAUGCCUGCGCAGGGAAUGUACUACCCAAAUCAAAUGUAUCAGCAGACACCCUAUGGACAACUGAUGCAACCUGGUAUGCCAAUGCAACCGAUGGCAAUGCAUCAAAUGGGACCUAACGGUCAUAUGCCUAACCAGCAGGCUAUGAAUGGACAACCACAGAUGCAAGGUACCAUGAAGUCACCCAUACCAGAUCAUAUGGGCAACCAAAUGACGAAUCCUAACAUGGGAGCCCAAAUGCAAGGGCAACAUGGUAACGGACAAUCCCAGCAAAUGGGAUCACACCAAGGUAGAAGUAUGUAAACUUGGGGUACGUACACAUCAAGUGGAGGUAGCCUUAAACACAAU